CUUUUAAGAGGUGUAUUCGUCAAAAGAACAUGGACGCGUGUUGAACAACUCUUUAAAUUAUCCUAAACUUUGAAAUAUAAUUCAGUUUUAUAAGUUAUCUUCAUGGUUUCUCUCUCCAUUUUAAUGUUGGCUAGAAAUGUAAACAUAUUCGAAGAAUCCUAACAAGACUAUGUCGCAAAAGGAAGCUUACAUCGACGUGGUGGAGUUGUGUGGGAUACUGCAAUGCCUUGGGUUCCAUGUGAAGUCGAUCGACACCCAUGUCGACAAGAAUACGAGUACGAGCCACGAUGGAGCUCGGACUGUCAUCGUCGAUUGUCAGACGUCAGGCUUGCACGUGGUCCUGGAAAACGGUAACUUGUCGUGUUCUUGCCCGGCUAUCGCCAGCCAGCAGAACAGCGGGAUCUGGCAGGUGUCAGGCGUCGCGGGCGGUAAGCAGCUCGACAAGGAAUUCGGCAGCUCCAUCCUAGGCUCGCUGCCCAAGGAUCACCGCGAGCGCCUCACGCGCCAGCUGCAGGACAUCGCGCGCUGUAUCAAACAGCAUAACGAAACAGAGGCCGACCGACAGAGGGACGGCAUCGCCAACAGAUCCGCCAGCAUGAUUGAUAUGAAGACCCCACCAAAGAGGCUGGAGCUGAAACCCGACACGCCGACGCGCUAUCGCUCGUUGGACACGCUCACGGGCAGCAAGCAGGCAGACACGCUGCCCGAGCCCGGCCCGCUCGCCAAGAUUCUCGACAACAAACACGAUAGCCAGACGCAGUCAAUGUGUCAACGGCAGAGUACUUACACUUUGUCCUCUACUCCGGAUAGUUCGAGACGACGCAACAAAACAUCAAGUCCUAUUCGGAGACUUUCAAGCACCGUGCUCGACAGUUUGCUCGCAGCAGAGAAGACGGCAGAGGAACUUCGUAGCAACCUAUCCAACGUUAUCAAGGAGUUGACAGAAGAUGGUAGAUACGAUUCGUCGUCUUCGCUUGCAUUAGACGUUUCCAAAAUUUCAAUUUUAAAGGCGCCCGAUAGUUCUAGGAUUCAAUUUGCAUCAAGUCCCAAUUUGACUGGUCCCGGAUUUCACGACGAAUUGACCAGAAGAUUACAGGGUAUCGAGAGUGCAUCGACGUCUAACCUGGCGACCAAACUCUCCGCGAAAGACCCAAAAACGUCAAAACUUAGAAGAAUUUCGCCAAAAAUCUUUAAAAGCAAUUCGAUGUCCUCCAAAAUAGACAAGGAUAAACAAAAUAAUAAUAACAAAAGCAGCAAAUUCAACAGUUUGUUUAAACCAAAGAUAGUUACACCAGUGAGGGCGGGAAGUGUGAAUUUGAAUAGUGAGGCCAGUCCGAAUCUUAGUGGCUCUAAGAAGAAGUUCAGCCACAUUAAAUCUACUAUACCCAGACCUACAGCCACUGCAUCUAAGAAAGAAUAAUAAUUUACCAUAUAACACAAUUUUUUUUUUAAAUAUCAUGUAAAAAGCCAAUUUGAUUAAAAAUAAAGUUAAUUAGUUUGCUUUCUUU